AUGGCAGGUCCUCGUCAAAUUUUCACAGAUGUGAAUGCAUUCUUGGCUUGCACUAAAAAUGUUUGUGAAUUUUGCACAAAGAAAGAACAAGGCAAUGAACGGCAUUUAAGAAGGAAACAUCUUCAGAAAGCUGUUUACUUCUUUCAUCAACAGAAAGAAUGUUUCACAGUUGCAUGUCAUUGCAAAUUGGGCCAAAAGACAACCACAAGAGUCCAUUAUCAUUGCCCUUUCUGUAACUUUAAGCCUAUUGUCCGAGAAGAUGUUUUUAAGGUACAUCUGCAAAAUGUACAUGAUAUAACUGCAAUUGACAAAACUGACAUAAAGGAAACACCGGUGGAGGAAAAGCAAACCCCAAACAAAGAAAAAGCUUUCUUCAAAUGGAUUGGUGCAGAAAAUGUGAGCAGCUAUUUGAAGCUGCUGCAAAAUCACAAGUUGACCCGCGUGUCUUCAUCACAUUUGAUAUUGAAUCUGGACGAUGGCACUGCCCCUGCAUAA